AUGCUGAUCAUCUUCUACCGGGACAUGAAAAGACACUGCAUGAAAAAAUCUGACCGGGAUGACUUAUCUGUGGCAGGGGUGCAGCCUUUUAAAGAGGAGAAAGAGCUGGAGGUUUUGGAGAAAAGACAUUCAGAUCUUUGGUUAAACGAAAAACGGGCAAACAAUCUAGAAGACAGUGUGAUUGAGUUUGAUGAAGAUUUGGCCUCAGAUCCAUUAGAUUCGGAAUAUGUCCCACCUAUAUCUUUGAGUGCUGGGCAGAAGUAA